ACUGCCCAGUCAAGAUGGCGCUGGCGGCGGGAGUGCGCGUCCCGGCGCGUGCCCUGCUUUGCGCGGGGACCCGGAUCCCCUCCGCGGCCCUCGGGCGGGCGGGGCCGGCGGCCGGCGGCGGGGACAGCUUGCGGCGCUUCGCGAGCCAGCGGGUGCUGGUGGAGCCGGCCCCGGCCACAGGGGUGGCUGUGAUGAAAUUCAAGAACCCCCCAGUGAACAGCCUCAGCUUGGAGUUUCUCACAGAGCUCAUCAUCAGCCUGGAGAAGCUGCAGAAUGACAAGAGCUUCCGGGGCGUCGUGCUGACCUCGGACUGCCCUGGCGUCUUCUCGGCUGGCCUGGACCUGAUGGAGAUGUGCGGCAGGAACCUGGCGCACUACGCCGAGUACUGGAAGGCUGUGCAGGAGCUGUGGCUGCAGCUCUACCUUUCCAACCUGGUGCUGGUUGCUGCCAUCAAUGGAGCCUCCCCUGCUGCAGGCUGCUUGAUGUCCCUCUCCUGCGACUACCGGGUCCUGGCUGACAACCCCAAGCAUGUCAUAGGAAUGAACGAGACCCUGCUGGGCAUCGUCGCCCCCUUCUGGUUCAAAGACACCCUGGUGAACACCAUUGGGCAUCGAGCCGCAGAACGUGCCCUGCAGCUGGGGCUGCUCUUCUCGCCAGCAGAGGCCCUCCAGGUGGGCAUGGUGGACCAGGUGGUGCCCGAGGACCAGGUGCAGAGCACGGCACUCUCAGUGAUGGCCCAGUGGAUGGCUAUUCCAGACCACGCUCGACAGCUGACCAAGACCAUGAUGCGGAAGGCCACGGUGGACCAUCUCAUCAAGCAGCGCGAUGCAGACAUCCAGAACUUCGUCAGCUUUAUCUCCAGAGACUCCAUCCAGAAGUCCCUGCAGAUGUACUUAAAAAAUCUCAAACAAAAGAAAAGCUAAAGGCUAGGCUGCUGUGGAGGUUUUUAGCCAUGUAUGCUCUCUGGGUCCCCUCUGGUCCCGAGGGAGUUUUAAACAAGGUAUUUCUCAAUUUAAAUGUACUUUCAGCUCUUUGUUUGGCUGAUCUUAGGUGGAAGAUCCUAUUCCCUGUAACCCUGGUCCCAGAGCCCCGCCCCACCCAACCCACUGGCGGUCAGGCAAAGGUAGUUGUUGAGGGGCAGAUGGGACCAUUCUGGACCUUGGCAUGGUCACCACUGAGGGCCUCCUUUGCCAAAGCAGAAUCGUGAAUAAAGUCCUUGGGUCCCAUCCCAUCUCAGGGCUGCUUGCUUGCUGGCAGCAUGAGACCAGGAAAUCUCUGGCCAGACGACCCAUGCAGGAGCCCCGGAGAAAAGCCCUGUGGCCACCAAGCUUAUUCAUUUGGAUGGAGGGAGUGGAUGGUGGCGAUUCAGAGAGAGAUGAUGGAAGCAUGACUUACUAUGCUAUCAGGGUCCUAAAUCUUUUAGAAAGGUUUUGCAAGAACUGAAUUUGUCCAAACCCUUGAAAUAAAGGUUUAUCCUCCUAUACAA